UUGAAACAUGUGAAAAAGGUUGUUCAAGAUGACCUGGAUGAAGGGAUUAUUGGUAAAAAUGAUAUUAGAUUUGUUGCGGGAAAUACUAGAAUCACCAGACCUGCUUUCAAACGUGACAUUUGGGAAGAAUUAAUUCCACGACGCCCAGAAUUAAUUCCACGACGCCCAGAAUUAAUUCCACGAUGCCCAGAAUUAAUUCCACGAUGCCUAGAAUUAAUUCUACUGCGGCGACCACUAACAACUCUGGAAAUGGAUAUUUCUUUUUACAAGAAAUGCAAGGAUGAGUGCUAUUUCCAGUGGGAAACUGAGCCUGAUAACAAUCAUGCAGAAAUUUACGCGGUAGUUCGUGCUCUUGAAACAUGCAAAAAUCAAGAAAAGAACAAGGAUCUUUUUGAGAGAAUUGAUAUUUUAACUUCUAACAGAAUUGGCAAGGUUUACUUUACCUAUAUUCCGGGUCAUAAAGGCGCGGUCGAGAAUAAGAAUGCUGAUAGAUUAGCUAAAAAAGGUGCAACAAUUAGCAUGCAUGAAAAGAAAAAAUUAUCACCGUAUAAUAGGUUUAUGAAAUUCAAUCUCCCAAUAAUUAAAAGAAAUAAUCCAGAAUUAGAUCAUAACGCAGCAGUUAAAUUAGUAGCAUCCAUGUGGAAAGAUUCAAUUAACAAUCCAAAAAAUGAUUUUACCAAAUAUUUGUAA